UGUCUGUAUGGUGAGUGUCGGAUGAUCCCCAGGUGGGUGGAACUUCGAAGGAGGAAACGGUACAGCUGGCAGGAGGAACCCGGCGACGAGCAUCCAUWCAUUCACAACUCUUCUUAUCUGAGACAGAGGGGAGGGGGCGAAGAAGAGCUGAAGUCUUUAACGAUCAUAUUUAGCCACAUAAAAACCGACAUACACUUUAAUGCUUCAGCUGAUAGACAGAUCUGUGAAGAGCUCGGAGAUUAGAGAGAUAACUAACUGCCGCAGGAUGGAGACGCAGAUACAUGUGCCCGUCGGCUCGCCGGUCAUCAGAAAAAUCCCCGUGUUCGUGGAGGAACACAACGUGACGGAGGGGGCUUUACAGCUCAUUAAAGAGCUGAGACCAUCGUGGGCUCCGAGCAGCGUGAAGACGAAGCUUUUCACUCAUGGAACCACCAACAAGCUAGUGGGCUGCUAUGUGGAUGAGAGUCCUGAGGAUGUGGUCCUUGUUCGAGUGUAUGGAAACAAGACAGAGCUAAUUGUGGACAGAGAUAAUGAGCUCAAAAGCUUUCAGGUGCUGCAUGCUAACGGUUGUGCUCCACGCCUCUACUGUACUUUUCAAAAUGGCAUCUGCUAUGAAUUCAUGCAGGGAGACGCUCUCGGGCCUCAGGAUGUUCGAGAUCCAGUCUUGCUCCGACUGAUAGCCAGAGAAAUGGCUCGCAUCCAUGCCAUUCAUGCCCACAACGGCUGCAUUCCCAAACCCAACCUUUGGAUCAAGAUGAGGAAGUAUUUCUCUCUGGUGGCCACAGAGUUCACCGAACAAGCCUCCAACAUCAGAAUCCAGCAGGAGGUUCCCAGCAAGGUGGUCCUGGAGCAGGAGAUCCUGUGGAUGAAGGAGCAUCUGUCCACGCUGGGUUCCCCCGUGGUGCUCUGCCAUAACGACCUGCUCUGCAAGAACAUCAUUCACAACACCAAAGAAGGUCACGUCCGUUUUAUCGACUAUGAGUACUCCAGCUACAACUACCAGGCCUUCGACAUCGGAAACCACUUCAAUGAAUUUGCAGGCAUGGCUGAGCUGGACUACGGGCUGUACCCCAGCCGGGACAUGCAGAUGGACUGGCUCAAAGAGUACCUGCAGGCGUACAAACUCUUCACCAAGAAGACUGAGGAGGUCACCCUGCAGGAGCUGGAGACGCUCUACGUCCAGGUCAACAAAUUUGCUUUGGCUUCUCACUUCUUCUGGGGCUUCUGGGCACUCAUCCAAGCCAAAUACUCCUCCAUCGACUUUGACUUCCUUGGGUAUGCUGUGCUCCGGUUCAACCAGUACUUUGAGACCAAACCUGCAGUGAUGGCCCUGCCCAGCCCAGAAUGAGACGUGUUGAAGGAGGUGGUGGGUGGGAGGGAAGACUGGAGAAUAAAAGCUUGGACUUCCUGUUGGACAGGGACAGUUCUGUGAACCGGUGGACCAUCGCUCCACCUGCUAGGUGGUCUUUGUCUUAAAUAAGUGCAGUUGCUCUGAUUCCCUCUGAGCUGACCUGAACACCUGCCUCAGUUCAUCUUCACUUCUCCUCCUGCUCUCUGUAGUUCAGCUCUGAUGACCGCAGACUCCUCCUGUCUGCUGUCACUCCAUCCCUUGUAGGUCUUUUGGUGCUAAAUGCUCCUUCUGCUCCUCUGGUGGUCCACCUUUAACUAACCUGACCAGAGAGCAGCCAAAUAAUCCACUGAUGGACAUGAGGAUUUAUUUCAGCUUUAACAAAUAACUCGUCUUCAGAAAUGUCCACAAAUCACAUGUUUAGUGCUUUAUGUAAAGAGAGUUCUGCAGCUYCAUGGGUCACAUCAAGUCAGAGGUCCAACAUCUGUUCUUCUGGACAGACUGGAUUCAGAUGUCUUCAGUACUGAGAGCACAACUUAGACUCACUCAGGAUGGUAGUGCCAGGUCAUCACCUGGUUUUUCUGUUUCUGUGGUAACUAAUGGGACUGAAAGUGUGUGUGUGUGUGUGUGUGUGUGUGUGUGUGUGUGUG